UUCUGCAGCGCCCCUCCAUCCCGCCUCUCUCUCUCUCCAGUAUCUUUCCUGCCUCUCUCGACCUCCCCCCACAGAGAUUCCUGCCUGCGCGUUCACGCCUCCUCCUUAAACGCGCGGCGGCGGCAGAGGACGGGAGCGGGGAGCGUCAGCCUCCCACUGUUCAGACUCGAUAUUUUUAGCGCCUGGUUCGUGUUGCAGCGUCGCCAGAGGCUUCUUCUUCUUCUUCUUCUUCUUCUCCUCCUCCUCCUCGGUCGUCAGUUCGGCACGGUUCGAGCACGAGGGGGGCUACGUGACGCCAACGGCUGCGUGUGGAGCGUGGAGGUGGAGGAUACCGGGGAGAAAACAGGAGAGACUUCACAUCAUCAGCGAAUUAUCACCGUUCCCCCCCCCCAUCAGAUGGCUAGUCCCGAGCCGAGCCAUCCCGAGCCAGCCUGCCUGGAGGCGCAGAAAUGGAUAGAGGCUGUAACAGGGAAGAGCUUUGGAGACAAAGACUUCCGCAGUGCACUGGAGAACGGCAUCCUGUUAUGCGAGCUGCUGAGUGCAAUCAAACCAGGGCUGGUCAAGAAGAUCAACAGACUGCCCACCCCCAUUGCUGGGCUGGACAACCUGUCAGUCUUCCUCCGAGGCUGUGAGGAGCUGGGCUUGAAGGGCUCACAGCUGUUUGACCCGGGAGAUUUACAAGAUACCUCCAUACGAGCUAAUCUCAAGGACUCUGACUGCAACCGCAAACUAAAAAAUGUGCUGAACACAGUUUUCUGGCUUGGAAAAGCUGCCAGUGGCUGUGCUUCCUACAGUGGUCCUAAUCUCAACCUGAAAGAGUUUGAAGGACUUCUUGCUCAAAUGAAGCUGGAAAGCGAUGAGUGCGGCGACAGCUCUCAGAAACGCAGCGUUCGAGACAGCGGCUACGACUGCUGGGACUCAGAGAGGAGCGAAUCCCUGUCUCCACCACGACAUACUCGGGACAACUCCCUGGACAGUCUGGAUUCGUUUGGUUCCCGUUCGCAGCACAGUCCCUCUCCUGAUGUUGUGAAUCGAGGCAACAGUGAUGGGCGAGGCAGCGACUCGGAGGCUGACGCUCCCAGCAGGAAACCUGAUGUGCGGAAAGAUGACAUGUUGGCCAGAAGAACAGCCAGCAGCGAAUCCCGAUGCCCAGUUCCCUUUAACCAGUUUCUUCCAAACCGAACAAACGCCAGCUGCUACAUCCCCGCCGCGCGGCGAAAACAACACACAGAAGAGGGAGAGCAGCGGAGUCACCUUCAGACCACUCCAGAACAAAGCAAAAGAACUGUAUUGCACCACAAAACCCCCAAAACGGUGACUUGGGCACCUGAAAACAAUGCUGAAACAGUAAAACAGGGAGCGGACUUGGAGGUGUUGGAGCAGAGGAGGUUGGAGAAGUUGAAGAAGGCAGGAAUUAAAGUUCUUCCUGCUGCCGUACGCUACAACAGGUUUGAUUUCCUCUCUAAAAAGGACCACCAUCCCCUCUACAACCCUAGCACUCCCAUAGUAGAAGAAAAGGAAGUGAGGUCACCGUCUCCAAACAUCAUCCUGCGCUCUGAAAAUGAAUUUUUGAGCUUCCAUAAUUCGGCGUGCAAUUCCUCCUCUGAUGAGGAACAGGAACCAGAGAAGCAGAGAGUUCCUGAUGUUCAUAGAGAUGACUUAGCGUCUCGACGAGUUCACCGGAGCCCAGUUAACUCCAGGGUCCAUCAGUUCGUUCCUCCUCCUGUGUGCACCAACAAGGACAGAGAGCGCUGGGAGGGCAUCAGACAAGCUUCACAGCACACCCUGCAGGAGAAGGAGAUCAGUGAGAAGGAAGCAGUCUGUGACAUCAUAACUCGUAAUGACAACUCCUCUCUGAGGGAAGAGGAGGAUGAGGGAGAAGAGGGAAAAGAUAAGCCAAUCCCUAAUAAGCAGAGGGAUGACCUGGCCCGUAGGCGGGGCCAAAGUAGGCCCCUCCCUCAGAGGGAUGGACCAAUGAGUUUUGUUUCAUCCUUCAUGAGCCAAGCUGAUAUGCAGAAGUGGGAGAGACUCAGGAUGACUGAACCAAGUGAGGAUAGGCCAACCCCUGUGUGUCAGGCUUGUCUGCAGAAAACUUAUGGGAGCUCUGUCAACGGAUCAGCAAAGGCUGGACGAGGUCACAGCAAAGUUGUGACCUUUCGGGGCGUCACUGAGAUCGAGCAGUCGACAGACACUGUCGUUUCGGCAGGAGGGGAUGAGACAGAGUUGCUUAGACGACUCCUUUCCAAGGCAGCAGUAGCCAUGCCUACCAUUGGCCUGAGCUCCCAGCUUUCAGAGCGGGAACGCAGCAGUCUCGUGGCUGGAUCUGCACCCAGUCAAGCUACCCCUCCCCCUGUGGACCUCCAACCCUGGACCACUGAGUCCACUCCUACGCCCGCUGAGAUAGACGCUCGUUUUGCUCAGUAUGAGCAGAGAGCAGGAGCAGAAGAAGAUGAUGAGGAGGAGAAAGAGGAGAGGAUCCCUGAUCUUCAGAAAGAUGAUAUGAUGGCCAGGAAGACAGGGGUUUUCCAAAAACAAACAGCCGCUUACAACCGUUUCCUGCCUUUGCCUGGCUCUAAGUGGUGCAGCCGAGAAGAAGCCCCUGCUGAUGCAGCGCCUUUUAGCAAAAAGGGAAUGCAGGCGGGAAAAAGCAAGGAGUUCAGCACCAGAGUGGAUAGCCAACGUCCCAAAGUUCCUGACGAAACACCUCAACACCAACUUGAGGCUGCAGUGAUCAGAGCAAUGUCUCAAACUGCCGGUGGAUCUGAUGAGGACGAAGACAAUUACGAUAAGAACGAUCAUGUCCCUGACGUGGAGAAAGACGACAUGAUGGCUCGGAGAACCAGAUUGUUACAGAAAGCAAGUGUGGUCAGAGGAAAUCAGUGCUUCAAUCAGUUCCUCCCGGUCCCUGGAUCAGUCAAGUGCAACAUCAGCCCGGUGUCUGCAGUGAAGCAGACCUGCAACAGGUCUAAACACACAGAAAACAUAGACAGAGAAAGCAGCAUUGUUGCCAUGACAACACAACAUGAAGCUCCGCCCUUGAAAGCCCCAGCCAGCCUGAGGUAUCCUGGGCUGAGGGGGAGACGGGGAAAGGAAAAGCAAGAAGAGGGAGACACAGUGAUGGUCCCUAACGCUGCUGUCAGUGAUGUGACUGAACCAUCCUCCUCCUCUUCUUCACUCAAACCUCCUCUCAGUCCUCCCUUGGCUCAGAUUGGUAGGGUGGAGGAAGAGUUGGAGGUUAGAAGAGAGAAGGAGAAAAUUGAGGAGAAAAACAGAGAUGGGAUUAUGAAACUGGAAAAGAAACCAUCUUGGCUGGAGGAUGAGCUUCCUCCAAUGAUGGUGAGCCGACGAGUUGCUUUUCUGUUAGACAACGAGAGUGUGAGUAUGGGUGACAUGGCCAACGAGGAACAGGUGGGACACUUACCUUCGCUGAGUCCAUCGCGAUAUGAACGCAUGCAGCAGCAAUACAACGCCUUUCUGGAAGAGGGGGACCACUGGCAGGAUGACCUGGCUCGCUGGAAGAAUCGGCGCCGCAGCGCGUCCCAGGAGCUGAUUAAAAAAGAGGAGGAGAGGAAAAGAAUGGAGAAAAGGAUGAAGGAGGACAGAGUGGACGGCAACAGAAGGAAGAGCAUUAAGACUUACAAAGAGAUUGUAGAGGAGAAAGAACGUAGGGAAGCUGAGCUGUGCGAAGCCUACAGAAAUGCAGCGACUCCGGAGGAGGCAGCUAUGGUUUUGCAGCGUUACGCUCUCCGCUUCACCAUCAGCGAUGCAACACUGGACAGCCUGAAGCUGCCCAGAAGCACCAACAAACCCAAGCAGGACCUGAACCAGACAGAGCAGGACCCCAAACUGACAUCAGCUGUUAAUAACGCAGAGAUGUUGGACCAUCCAAACCAGCCAAACUCAGAUGUUGUAAUGAAACAGGAACGCUUAUUAGCUCGAGAUAUAAAAACAGAGGGUAUCCAUGAAAUAGAGAACUCUGGUGUGAUCACCACCAGCUCUUUGACACCAGACACAAACUCACAAAAUGAGAAGCCUCAGUCAGAACAUCUUUAUGAGCCCUCCACCCACCUGAUAGACCCACACGCUGAGCACCAGAAACAGCCAGACACAGGAGUACCACCACCCCAGACUGAGUUAGCUUCAUCUCAACCUGCACAACCCACACACACAGUCCACUCCCCUCUAUCUGCACCCUCCAGACCGCUCCCCCUCCUGGUAGCCAAGCCCUACUGCCCACCCAAGAGCUGUCCCUCUGGACAAAAACAUGUCCAUGUCCAAAAGACGGACGGGUUGAUGCGGGUAAACGGAGAGGCGACUGAGGAUUUCCCGCCCCUUCAGGACCCGCUACAGGAAAACAAAGAUGUUUCCUCCCAACAGACACAAAAACAUGAUCUUCCAGAGGAGACCGAGGAAAGUCCAAAGACUGCAGAGCAGCUGGAACAUCUGCAGACGGAAAAAUCAACCCUGACUUCAGGCUCUGCCAUCAGCUCCCUGAUCGCAGGCCGAAAUUGCAUCAUCACAACCACAAUUGUGACCGAACUUACAAAGACGUACAUGGAGCUGCUUCAACCAGACAUCCAGAACAAUGGACAGGAUGGGACUACUGAUUACGCUGAGACUCCAGCAGAGGAGAAUACUGAGCCUGCACCAUCACCCAGCAGUAUGCAAGAAUAUUCUCCAACUGUUUCAGAAGGGCUAGAGGAGAGCAGUGUGACUAUUGAGACCCCCAUGUUGAACUUGGCUAAACGUGUUAAUCACUGGGUCUGGGACCCCAAUGAGGAGCGUAAGCGCUUGGAAAGGUGGCAGCAGGAGCAGGAGCGCCUCCUACAGGAGCAAUACCAGAAAGAACAAGAGAAGCUGAAAAAAGAGUGGGAGAAGGCCCAGCUGGAGGUGGAGGAGGAGGAGAGAAAACACAAUGAAGAGGAAAGACGAAUUUUAGAAGAGACCGCUGCACCUUUGAGUCCCUCUGCCUUGCUGCAGAAGCAGGCAGAACACACAACAUCAUCUUUUUCUGCAGAAGAAAACAACAACACCACAGUGGAAGGAAAUGUGUCUCUGCAGCAGAAUGGACAGAAAAUCCACGCGGGAACUCAGGAUCAGCAUGCAUCGAAGCUUCAUUUUUUCCAGGAUUCUGGAUUUGAUGAUCAGCCUCCAAAGAAACAGGAAAUGUGGAAGACGGCGUCUCUGGACCGGAGCCCUCAGCUGAACCAGGCAGAAACCGUUAAAAGAUCAGGAUCACAUGAUGCUGUAAAAAGUAACCAGGACCUCUCCCCUCCAUCAGCCAGCAGGUGUGUUAGUGGGAAGCGACUUUGUUCUGGCUGUUCAAACCCUCUGGGAAGAGGAGCUGCUAUGAUCAUCGACACUCUGGGGCUGUUUUUCCACAUGCAAUGUUUUAAGUGUGGAGUAUGCAAAGGGCAGCUGGGUGACGCCACUGCAGGGACUGACGUCAGGAUUCGGAACGGACUGCUGAGCUGUCAUGAGUGCUACAUCGCAUCUCGAGGCAGAGGUCAGCCCACUCCUCUAUAAGACCCAAAUAAUUAACUGGACCUGCAACAUUGGAGGCACUGAUGGAAUAAACACCAGCUCUGUAACGAUGAGUCUGGAUGUUCGGGAAAAGCCCUGGAACUUCUGGAAUAUUCGUUCUAUUUUCUGAAUUGCACAAACACAACUGACUCUUCUUGUUUUGUGUUGAUUUUUGAACUGGAAUUGGACUGAACAUAUUGACAAAGUACUAUUGAUGUACUUCUUAACUGUACACAUGUAAACACCUGUUUUAAUGUGAGUGGCAUGGAUGUGAACAUGGGAAAAACACAUUUAGGGGUUUGUACAUCCAUGCCUGAACUUUCCUUUGUCACAUGUGAAACCCUUAAACUGUACACUAAAUGUUGGCCCAUUAACCCGUGGUUUUGGACUGAUCAUGUGACUGUGUUUUCCAAAUGUAAUGCAAAGCGAUUCAGGUUAAAUGACCUAAAGUAGCUUGAUGAUUGUAAUGCCUUACUCCUAACUUUUAACACAUAACUUUGGUUUUGUGUUAACAGUUUUGCAUGAAAGAACAUAUAUAGGUUAUUGAGUUGUUUCUCAGAAGGACAGUAAGUCCUUUAGUUUUAUUUGGACAUAAUUAUAAUAAUUUUAAAGUUUUAUGAACCUGAUUAACUUACACAAACUUUUCUUCAUAUUUUGUUUCACAAGAACGGUGUUGCAUGUUAUUAAUUAAUAUUUACUCAAAGUAUUUUCCUGUUUUUGAUGUUUUAGAUUUACUUUCUUCUCAGACUGCAUCUGAAUCAGUGCCUUAUGUAAUGAAUGCAAGGGUGAGGCGUUUUACACUCAGUUUGACCUUUGGGUCUAGGCACAACGUGUGUUUGAGUGCGUGCAUGUCCGGUAUAGAACUGAAUGUUGUGUGUGAUUUGAUUCGAAGUACAGUUUCAUACCAGCAAAUAAUGUCUGAUGAACCACCGUUUUCCCAUAAUAACCCGGUGUCUGCUUAUUAGGCUAGUAAAAUAAAGUUAAUUAUUGUUUUAUGACAAAUCAGAAUGUCAUAAAACCCUCUCCUCCUUUGCCUCUGUCACAAGUGCUGCCUCCCCACAGAUUUAUUCUUUCCUCUGUCUCAGCUUGGUGUAAACACCUCACAGCCAUGUUACCCCUCAGAGGAACAGAGCUCUGAUUGUCUUUUAUAACAAGUGUUUGUUUAUCAAUAAAACAGUUUAAGCUGA